AUGUCUUGGAACCGUCUUGUCCGCUUCGUUGAUGACAACGAUGUCGAGCAUUUUGGCGAGCCAGAGAUCCAGAAUGAGACGGAACUGACGGAGCGACUGGACAAGAAUGACUUGUGGGCCGUGGUCUUCGAUGGCGCAAGUCCCGUCUCAACCCUGACCAAGGGCGAACGCGUGCACGUCAAGGCCCUGCGACCCCUCCUAGCACCGAAGGAUGUUCCAAUUGUUCGGUGCAUUGGUCUGAACUAUGUCAAGCACAUUAAGGAAGGCGGCCGAACACCGCCACCAUACCCGUCCGUGUUCAUCAAGCCGGCGACCUCUGUCGCCGCAUGGAAUGAGGAUGUCCCAAUUCCAAAGGUCGCUCAGGACGGUACGGUGGACUACGAAGGCGAGUUGGCCUUUGUGAUCGGAAAGGACGCCAAGAACGUCCCCAAAGAGAAGGCUCUCGAGUACGUCGCUGGCUACCUCACCUCAAAUGACGUUUCAGCAAGGGCAUGGCAAAGAGACCCCGCCAAGGCCGGCGGUGUACCCCAGUGGUGCUUCAGCAAGGGUUUCGACAAGUUCGCCCCGCUGAGCCCGAUGCUCGUCUCUCCGGCGGUUGUUGGCAACGCAAGCGACCUUCUUCUGCAGACAUUUGUCAACGGUGAAGAGAGACAACAUGAGAGCACAGGCGACCUGCUCUUCGGCGUCGAGGAGAUUGUCAGCUUCUGCAGCCAGGGCACAACGUUGACGGCCGGAACCGUGAUCCUCACGGGAACGCCGUCGGGAGUUGCUAUGGGUAUGAAGCCGCCCAAGUAUCUGAACGAUGGCGACGUCGUUGAGGUCAGGAUAAGCAAGUUGGGUGGUGUGAAGAACAAGAUGGUGUUUGAGUAA